GCGAGCUGGGCGGGCGGUGGCGGGGAGCGAGAAUCCUUUGAAACUGACACGUUCGGGGGCUGCGGGGACGGCGGGGGAGAGGCUGCUGCUCUUCUCCUCCUCGGCCUCCUCGUUCCACCCGCGCCGAAGGAGGCGGGCGCUGCUCGCCGGUGGCUGUCUUUGCCCGGCCUGCCCGUACCCUGCUCCGGCCACUCUCCGGCUCCUCCUGCCCUGCAGCCUCCGUGUGCCGCGGUGGCUGCUCCGGGGACGUGUCCCAAGGGUUGCUCCAAAAGGGGGUUUUAGGAAUAGUUUAGAGGAACGAGAGGAGCCUGCCUGCCCUGCACCAGAGCAUUGGUAUCCCUGUCAACGGGAAGGAGAACCUUAACCAUUUGAAAGAUGGAUGAUGAUGACUUUGGAGGAUUUGAGGCAGCAGAGAGCUAUGAGUGUGCAAAUGGUGAAAAGCAGACUACAUCCCCUGCUAUUGCUUGGGCAGCGUUUCCUACAGUAUCUGAAGUCCAUAUACCUUCUGACAUCUUUCUGGAGCACUCUGGGCUUUCUUCCUGCUUGGUUCCUUCUGACUCAUUCACUAUAUCGAGUGAUAAUGUGGCAACAGCUAUUCAAACAGACACCGAUGUUAUUAACCCAGCUGUUCUUGAAGAACAGGUUCAAGCAGAUAUUCCAGUUGCUUCUUUGAAUGUAACUGAAGACAAGACUUUAAUUACAUCAACCAUUGCUUUGGUUGAUGCUGAGACACAGAGAACAAAUGAACCAAAGAGCUACCUUCAACAAGCGGUUGCAAACCUGGAAACCAAGCUUUGUACUGCUGAAGAAGAAAAAUUAAAAAAUAAAAAGGAACUAGAAUGUCUACUGGAAAAAUAUAGUAUUCUAGAAAUUGAUUUCUUGAAGGAAAAAAAAGAAAAAGUAAUUUCACAUCAAGAUCAUUACGAGGCACUCCAGGAAAAGCAUAAGCAGGAGUUAGAAGACAUGAGAAAAGCUGGACAUGAAGCCUUGAGUAUUAUUGUUGAAGAAUACAAGACGCUGCUACAAUCUACAGUUCAACAGCAAGAAGCAGCUAUUGAAAAACAGUAUAUACUAGCAAUUGAAAAACAUUCUCACAAAUGUGAAGAACUUCUUAAUGCUCAGCACCAGCGACUUCUCAACAUUUUGGAAGCAGAAAAGGAAGUGCUAUCAGAAAAGAUAGAGGAAGCUUUGAUGCAGCAGUCACAAAAACACAAGGAAGUGCUUGACAAAUGUUUGGAUGAAGAAAGACAAAGAAGUAAGGAGGCUGUGGCAGCUCUUGCAAAGGCUGAGAAAGAAGUAGUGCAAGAGGCUGUUCUGAAAGCCGUAGAGGAGGAGAGAAGGAAUAUGGAGAAGAUUCAUGCUGAAGAAAGAAAAAUGUGGGAAGAAGAACGUGACAGACAUAAAGAGAAGAUUGCCCAGGCUGUUCAGGAAGCCAUGCAAGAGCAAAGAAAGCGUAAUCAAGAAAUUGUCAAGGAAGCAUUAAUGAAGGAGCAAAAGCGAAGUGAAAAGGCAAUCGAAGAAGCAGUGAGAAGGACAAGAGAGGAACUGAUGGAAUAUAUUAAAGAGCAGAAAAGGCUGGGGAAUUACUGGGAACAUUUUGGAACCGGUUAUAUGCAGAAAUAUUCAAGCUACUUUUAUCACAAAUCUUGCAGCUUCUUUGCUCUCUUUUUCAGCUUGAUCAAGUUGUCCGUCAGAGAAGUCUGUGUAGUUUGGAACUUUUCCUGUCAUGUGCACAGAAACAGUUAAGCGUUUUAUUGAAAGAAGAGUCAACCACUACGGAGGAAAACACAGAGACUGACAUUUUCAGUACCACUGAUACAGUAUGAUUUGUGGAGCUGCAAAGCUCAAUCCAGCAAAUGACAAAAAUAUUUCAAUCAUUUGGGAUUGUAUCAUUGAUUCAAGAUUGAUCUGAAACUAUGCUUGAUAGAAGUAAUUGUGGAUUAUGUUCAUUUAUUUAUUUACUUAGUUUACUGCUAUUAUCAGGUUACAAAUUUGGGAGGGGAAGAGAUUCCCUGAGAAAAAUUAUUUUGACUUAUGAUUUUUAUUUCCUUCUAAUUUCUAAUAGCCAAUGAUUGAAAUUCUAGACAACUGCAGCAAUGAUGAAACAUUUCCAUGUUGUGUCUAUUUUAAAUAUGGCAUCAUGUAUUCAUCUAAUUUAUGAAUAUUUUUGGUAUUUUAAAAAAUGGAGAAACUAUUUAAUUCAGUAUAGAUUCAAUAUAGAUUUUGUUUCUAAACUAUGUGUCUAAGUGCAUUGCCUCAGGUGCGCCUGAGGAGCUUAUUAUUUCUUACUAAUUUUCAUGUAUAACAGAAGAGUCAGUACUGAAACAUGAGGGUGUUGACAGGCAUUUCUUUAGUUAUUUAUAAACAACUCUAGCUCAACGAAUGGAAAAAAAUUAAAAACUAAAUGGUGCGUCUUUUUAGAGUGCAAAACUUUGCCACAACCAAUGUAUAGUAUGUAUUUCAUUUCUGUUUUAUAAAGCUAGAAAGGCAUUUUCUCAUGAAAGUACAAUUAAUGUGACUGACCUCAGUUUCAGGAAGAAGAUGUAUGUAAUUAUGUGGAGAAUGAUACUACACUGCCUCAGUGGAAUUUCUGACAGAAUAAGGAGUGCAGCUUGCUGACCUCAGAUGCCCUUUCUAAGCGCAUUAAAGGAAGUAGAAAAACUCCCCACUGACGUUAUUGGACUUUGGAUUAAGUUGUAGAUCUUUCUAGUCUUCUUUACAGCAGCAUGGAAGGCAGUUUCUGUGCCUACACUCUAUUGAUUGUAGAUUUGGGGCCUUAGUUGUAAAAAAGUUCUGACUCAAAUACAGGAAAAUAAAUGUUCGUGCUUAGGAAUGUAAAUAAACUGAGAAUGAUAUCUCUUAUGAUGAGCUUGUGAUUCAAUGGGGGACUUGUGGAUAUUUUUUAGUGUCGUUCUUCCUAUUUAGUGGUGGGGUUGGGAUUUUCUGAGCUGUUUUUUUGCAUCAGCAAUCACUUUUCAUCAAUUCCUUUUUUUAUGGCAAUAAGGGAACACCAAAUGGUUACAUAUGUAUUUGGCAUUAUAAGAUAUGUGUUGCAGACAGUAUAGGUUUUUACUUAAAUAUUUUUCUGUGCUUCAUUUUUGUAAUCAAAAGCAAAGAUUUUGUCUUCUAUAUGGAAAGGUUCACUGAAGAAGUAAAUAAUGCUGCGUUAAAUAGAUUAUGAUCUCACAAAUGGAUGAACAUCUAGGCUUCGUUUUGAUAUUUAUUGAUUGACUGAUCAGUUUCCAUUUCUUCUUGCAGACAAAAAAAAUAGUAUCAAUGAGUCUCCUACUUAUUUAUCAUUCCUAAGUCGGUGGAAUUCUUGUAUUUCUUAACUGCACUGAAGAUGACACAGAUGUCCACAUAGGAUUUUGUGGAAAGUAGAGACAGUGUAAAACGAAACUGAUUAUCUCACAAUCUUUAUUAAAUUAUGGAAAUGUGGUAUGAGCAGAUUCCUAGGUGAACAUUCUUCUUUUUACUUCUAGGCUCGUACAUUGAAUAAUAUUCCUUUUUACUAAAGACUUCAAAGUGUUUCCCAUUAAAGCCAGAGCCUUAGUGGUAUAUCAGCAUUCUCCUACUAAAGAGGUUUGUAUUCUGGCUUGCAACAAUAUGUAAAAGCACUUGUUGGAGAAGUGAUUUGAGUCAGUAAGAUUUCACUGGCAGCUGUGGUGUAUCUUUCCCAUUAGAACAUCAUGUGUUGUUUAAUCUCAGCUCUUGAAUAUUGUGGUUGGCAAAGAGAACUGUAGGUACUUUUUCUUACCUUCGACAGUUUUACUCCUUUAAUCUUGCUCUCUACCCUUCAAGCAAAACUGCAGAAUUAGACCACAGACAUACAAGACCAGUUGGAUUACAUUCAAAACUCCCAAGUUUCAGAGAAGAAAUUUAGUUAUCCAGCAGAAAAAGACAUAUCCAGUAUGCAAGCUUUGGAGUAUGUGAUAACCUCCAUCACAUCCAAAGUUUUAAAGCUAAAUUUUAUUUUUCAUUAUUUCUGCCUAACUAUAAGAGAACACAGUUUGUGCAAGUGUGGGAAGAGAGAAGUCAGGGAGAAGUUUACAAAACCCAGACUUCAUCAUUAUUAUUUUGUUAUUCCUGCAUACAAAUUCAAGAAUGACAUAUAAGAGAAAACCCUAUAGGGUAGAACUUUUUCUGCCUCUGAAGCAUAGCAAGACUGAUAUGUAAUGGGAGGAAAAAGAAGCCCUAGAACUAAUCAUUAUAAUCAAAAUGCAAGAACUAAAAUGUUUAAGCUAGUGAUUUUGCAGUCUAGAACAUCGCUAAAGCUCAUAUAAUAGACGUGUUGUGUAUGUAUAUGAUUGUAUGCUUUAUGUUAAUAUAAACCUUAAGUCUUCUUAUGUAAAGAUGCAUUUAAAACAAUCAAAUGUGUGUAUUAAAUGUUACCUAAAAGACAAGGUAACAGUAGAGCCAGUGUCUUUUGUUGCUGUCAGGCGCAUUCUAUUUUAACACUUCUACUUGAUGGUCUAUAACAAAGAUCAGCACAAUCGGAUUUGUAACCAAUAGUUUACUGAGUUAAUACUGAAUAUUCUGAUACACUUGUGUUAUACUUCCAUACGUUUCUAUUUGCUCCCUCUCUGCUUCCAUGACAGAAUUCUAGAUUAGCUCUGAGACUAUGUGUGUAUAAGUUAUUAACAAAGAAGAAAUCAUUUGCCACACUUUUUUAUGCUGUCCAUAGUUAAGGUAUGGGGAAUAUUUGAGUUUUUCCCUUGCUCUAAGAAUCUCAUCAACAAAUGACACUUGAAUUCCUUGAAGCAUUGAAUUCUUUCACUCCAUCGUAAGAAGGCAGAACAAAGAAAAAGCAGUAGUCAUUCCAGGGUCUGAGAUCACAUUAGUGUUUUGAGAUUUUUGUACAUCUUUACAUUGGCAUGUGAUCAAAAGACACUUCAUGUCUUGCCAGCUCAGUAAAUGGCAAUUUUAAUUCCUGACUGUCUGAAAUUAUCCAUGUAGACAUGACCUUAAAGGGCCUAAUUCCUCUCCACACUGAAACUCCCUUACAGGACUCUACACCCUCCUUUUCCACUGUGUAUUUUUUAUAUCCACAUAUUUGAGCUUACAGAUUUUUUUCCCCCACUCCUUGGAUGGAGGGAAUAUGUGAUAAAAGUUCAUUUUGUUUCCUGGCAGGAAAUGGCAACUGAUAAAAGUUAUUCAUCAUAGGGGGCAGAUAUAAUCUAUACUCGCUUUCAGAUCAUGUAUAGUGUCAGUGCAUUUAUCAAAUGGAAUUGGCACAGGGCACAGCAUGGUCUCACUAGGUAUGUACAUCUUCCUUCUUCCCCAGCUGUGUUGCAGCCUACACUGAGCUACCUGAAAUACAUAGUUUGCUUCAGCUGGUUUAGGUGUUGUAAGCUGUUGCAGGAGUUACUAACGUGUGGAUGAGAUUGUUUGAAAAGAUUUUACAGGGCAAUUCUGAAUACUGUCGAGAAAUAUUUUAUAAAAUAUGUGACAUUCAUUUUUCAGCAAUUGAUUAUAAAUGUACCAAAGAAAGAUUAGUCUGGAAAACAUUUUCAAAUGGGUAUAAUUUGGGCCUUCAAUUCAAUUCAAUUCAAUCUACUUGCAGGAACUGGUAGGAAAAAAAGUUUUCCAUGAUCUGUCCAAGAAUACUGUUCCUCUAAGGCUUCAGGAAUCAAUGGCUUUACUAAUUUUUACGCCCGCGUUAAACUGUUAAUACUGCUGCUGAAUUUGGGUCACAUUUGAACAGGUGAAUAUCAUGGGGAAGCCAGCUGAGUUGCACUCUUUUUGGCUCAAGUUUUGUAUUUGCCUUUGAAAGCGUAUGCUUCAUUAGCUAAAGGAAAGCGCUGAGGUGUGUAGACCUCUCAUUGUAGACAUUACCUAACCAGUUCACUUGCCACAGUGAUGUAGUAGCUAAAAAUGCCCUCAUCGAACUAACUUAUAUGUGGAGCAAAAGGUCAGUCUUGCUUUAUGCCUUUCGCCAUGUGGUAGGUUAUGGUGUUUAUAUUUCUGCGGGAAGCAUUGCUAGCAUUACGUUAUAAAGACCUACAGUAAUGACCCAGAAGUGGUGAGACCCAACUGUAGACGUUGGUGACAGCACAGUAUUUAGCAACACAAAGAUGAUUGAUAUUUUUUGGUUGAUCUUGUUUAUUAUAUAGUGUGUAUUUUAAACUUGUAUCACGUUUCAGUGGUACAGCAUGCCUGUUAUGAUAGUAAUUAUUAUCUUGUGCUAAUAACAAUAACUGUAAUUUCCUGUGAUAAAUUUGGUAUGAGUAAUUCAUCCACAUCCUAAAUGUUGUGUAAUUACAACAAUUUUAAUAUGCGUCAGAGAUUCAUAUUUGUUUACAUUGCCUGUAAUUCUUCACACUUCAGACUUACAAAACUAGCAUUUUUUAGAUGCUUUCCAUUGUCUGGCAUGUAUAAUAAGAUACACAGAUGGUAUGUUUAAACAGGUUGACAGUAAACGGUAGUAAAAAAAAUGAAAUGUUUUUUAAUACACAUACUCUAAAUCAAUUUUUAACAAAAUGCUACAAAUUUAUCUCCUUUUUCUUUUUUUUCCCCCCAGCUUUGGUAACAUAUCUGUUCCAACAGGUAUAGAUCACUAAUGACAAGUCAUUAACAUUCAUUCUCUUUCUUCAAGUUAAAAUAUUUUGUCUUCUCACAAAUGCCGAAGGGAUUUGCACUUCUCUGAGUUUAAGAUGAAGCUUGUCCUAACUGGUCCACUCUUCAAUGUAAUGGUGGGAGGCCCUUCAGCCAAGAGAUCAAAAGAAUAGUUUUUGCUGAGUGAACUUUGAAGGAUGUUUCAGUUCUUAUACUACUACCAAAUUAGGGAAUCGGUUAAGACUUCAUAUUGAUUUUGCUACAUAAAUUUUCUGAUAGAUAGCUGGUUGUGAUGAUAUGUGGUCAAUCUCUGUUUUCAUGGCAAUAAUUUUAAGAAUUCCAUUACUUAAACAUCCCACUCUUUUAUUGUGACCAUAGAUUACAUAUUUAGAAAGCGUGUGUGAAGUUCUUGCUUCCAGGAGGUCAGCAGGAUUUCUGCUGUUAUUUGUUUCCAGCUCAAAAUUUCAUGCUUCCUCACAUUUUUUGCAAUUGCUGCUACAAAGAAUAUAACAUACAGAGCUUUGUCUUUGUAGAGUUCUGGAAAUGUACUGAGAACUUAUUUCAAGAUCCGUUUUCAUGAUCAAUUCUAUGAAGAAAAUGUCGUCAUUUGUUCUGUUCACAGUAUAGUGGAGAACAGGGAUAACCUAUUGGCUGAGAUGCUCGUGAGGGGAUAUGUGUGUCUCGUUAUUACUAUAUCACUGCUAAGUAGAAUGUAUUUCAUAUUCUUGAUGCGAUAAGUUAUUUCUCCCUUGGUAGAUUGGAGCUAAUAGCGAAUCCAUAAUAUUCCCUGCUGAAUUGCCUAUUAGAAACAAAAUCAACACAAUCACUAUCACAAAGAUAUAAAUCAGUCCAUUUUAGUAUCAAGCUUGACAGUAGUGGAAACAUGAAGGUAAAUGUAUGGUGCUACUAUUUGUUUUAUAUCCCUUUGACUGCUAGCUUUAAUUGACAAAGAAAAUGAGGUCACUAUGAAAUGGUCCAUCUUCUGCAAAUUCAACUGGCUGAUGUAGUUCACAGCUGGAUAGUAGUUUGAUGAAAUAGCUGGGUGAAUCUUAUUGAGUUUGUUAGGGUUAAAGAGUCAUACAGAUGAGAGCAUGUUGCUUUUGUUCUGGAUUAUUGUUAGAAUGAGUCAAAAACUGUCCUGGUGUGUCAGCAGCCAAGGAUUUCAGCAGUUGCCUGAAUACAUAAGACCUGCAUUUAAUCUGUUUGAAUCAAUAACAUUGACAUUGGAAAGCAUGAUUAUUUCAGAAAACUGUCUAUGUAGAAUUUUGCAACUCUUGUGUCUUUAAGCAUCUUUUGCAUGUUUUUCAUGUUUUUUAAUCUAGGGCAAAAGGAACAAUGUUUUCAUAACUUUUUAUUAGCAUGAUGGUGAAACAAAAGGAGGAGUUCUAAGCUCCUAAGGACCUCUGUAACCAGUUGUGGGAGAAAAAAUGUGAUUUCAGAGAAUAGAGAGGGAUGACAGAUUCAAAUGAGAAGUGCAGACUGGGGGUUCUGAAUCCUUUAGAGAAUACUCAUCUGAACGUACAGACUUUUCAGAUGUAAACAGCAAAAUGAGUCAAGAAAAAAAGAAAGGUGAAGAUUCACAUAUCUGCUGUGCAGUUUAAAGAGUAAUUGGUUUCAGAAUUCAGAGCUUCUCAAGCUUAACAGUGCUUUCUGUCAGGACGUUGACAAUUUAACAGGAGGGUCUUGUCACUUAGAAAAUAAUACUGCAUGAGAAUCAGUUCAAAAUGAAGUCUAGAACCUCAAAAUAAAAGUUUAUGCUUUGUAAAGCUUAAUAGCAUUGCAAAGUUGACGUGUUGAGACCCAAAUGCAUUUGUAUUGAUAUUAGUAUAAUAUAAAUGUCAAUAGAGAUUCCUGGACAUCCUGGACAUAAUGUUUUGGGAACUUCUGUAGAGCAAUGGUGCUCACUAGGGAUAAAACUGUAGCACGAUGGUGAACAUAUUCUUGCUUGAUUGUUGACAAAUAUUAAAAACAAAGUUAUAUACACAGUGGAAAAGCCUUUAAAUGUUUGCCAAUUAAAAUGGAAAGGAAUCCAGAUGUUAUGUUCAAAGAUAAUGUAUCAUUUAUUUAUCUUCUUGGGAAUAAGAAAUGUGUUUAGGUCUCAGACAAAAUAAUUUUUCAU